GUAAACUGAAAGUCAUUCUGCUGAUGCCCUUGCUUUAGUCUGAGUCGGGGGGUCCCACCACGUCUGCACGCCCUUUUCCUUGCUGCCCACUCUAAACACACCUCCUCCCAGACCUCCUCCUCCUCCUCCUCUUGUGAGGCUACUUCGCCAGAUGGUGUAGUCUUUUUCUUUUGUUUACCCAUCGCCUCAGAGUUUACCUAACAAACCUUAGCGACAGAACUAUGGGAUGUCUCUGAGCAGCAUGACCGCUGGAUACAGACACGCUAACUUCUCGGGACGGUUGAUCAGCGCGGCCCGUUGAAAGGACAGCCAGGACAGCCAAUGACAGAGCGGGACGGAUCUGUGUGCAUACCCGUUGCCACGGUAACAAACCGACAUUCCAAAGAUGUGGAACAAAAAGAGGCGGGACUUCAAGCUCUAGCACGGGUGUCUUUUGCCAGGAGGAAGGACUGACACCAUGAUGGGACCACUCACAGAGCUGUGUUAAAGCUUGAGACCUGCUUCUCACCCAUGUGCUUCAUUCUGAGCUGCUGCUCAUCUUUUCAAAGCAGCCCAGCUGUUAAGACAUCGAACAUGUCUCAAACCAAGGAUGUGAAAUGAUCAAUUGAAACCCAUCCGAUCAAUGGAAAAGAGAAGGUUUCCUGGCACAAUGUCCAGGCAGGUGGAUUCGUCGUCCAAGAGGCGCCCCUGUGUUGGAAGUGGGCUGACAUUCCCUCAGCCUCCCCAACUCGCCUCCACCGUCCAGUAUGGCCGCAUUCAGGCUGUGGAGGUUGCGAGAGGAAGAACAGGGUAUGGCUUCACGCUGACAGGCCAAAGUCCUUGUGUCCUCAGCUGCAUCCUUAAAGGAAGUCCCGCAGACUACGUGGGGCUGCGCUCAGGAGACUGCAUCCUCUCUGUCAAUGACAUAAAUGUCUCCAAGGCAUCGCACGAAGAUGUCGUCAAACUGAUUGGACGUUGCUCUGGCAUUUUAAAGCUGAUCAUUGCUGAGGGUGAGCGCCACCGACGCCACCCUCAACGGGCCACCGGCAGUCGCCAUCACAGCAGUAAUGCGAUGACGGCGGCCUACCUGGAUUCCUGCUCCAGUGAUGACGAACUGGAUGUUUUUUACAAUAACGGUGUGGGCAACAAUAAUGGCCGGUCAGGCUGUGGAACGAAAGGAGGCUGGUACAAGCCCAAACUGGAUUCCAAGCAGCUUGGCAUCAACAGAGCAGAGAAGGUGGUGGCCGAGUUGCAAUCUGGAGGAAUCUUCAACAUGAUCUUUGAAAAUUCCAGCCACUCCUCCAGUAGCUCGGACAAGGACAGGCCCGGGGUGAGCUCGUCCUCAAAGCCGCGUCAGAUGUCCGAUCCGGAGUUCAACCCGUACCACAAUGCCUCCUGUACCCAGAGCAACCCCAACCUGCUCUCUGAGGAAGAGAUGGCCCAGGUCCUGAAUGAUGACUCUGUCUUCCUGGAGUCCGACUUCCGUCACCUCCACAUUCACCACCACGAAGAGCAAGAUAUGGAUGUUGGAGAAGGUGCUGACUUUGGUCUUGAGCCCAGCGAAGGAAUCCUUAACGUGGGGAUGAUUGUUGGGUAUCUCGGCUCCAUUGAGCUCGCCUCAACAGGAACCAACCUGGAGAAUGACAGUUUGCAAGCCAUCAGAGGGAGCAUGAGGCGCCUCAGGGCCGAGCAGAAGAUUCAUUCAUUGGUUCUCAUGAAGGUCAUGCACGACAGCGUACUCCUGUGCAGCGACAGAGGUCAGGUCUUGGCCACCUACCCUGCAGAAAAACUCGCCUUCAGCGCCUGUUGUCCUGAUGAUCGCCGAUUCUUCGGAUUGGUAACCAUGCAAGCCACGGACGACCACGAUGAUCGCCACUUCAGCAACGGGCGAGACGACGAAGGAAAUUUAAGGACUUCAUGUCACGUGUUCAUCGUGGAUCCAGAACUAUGUCAUCACCAGGUCCAUUUAGGUGUGGCCAGGAGGUUUGGCUUUGAGUGCACCCCUGACCCAGACACAGGAGGCUGCCUGGAGUUCCCACCCAGUUCUCAGCCUCUACUCCAGUUUGUUUCUGUCCUCUACCGAGACAUGGGGGAUAACAUCGAGGGGGUCCGGGCCCGCGCCUUCCACGAUCCAGACAACGACGCCCAACAGAACCACAGCACCAGCAGCAACAGCGAUAGUGGAAUCGGGAACUUUUUACCUGAGGAGAAGAGCAACCGAGUCCUUUUGGUGGAUCUCGGCGGCCCUCCCAGUCACAACCACAUGUCCGGGGCCCGCCAGUGGGACAGCCCGCCCUCCUCUCAGCAGGCCUGGAGCCCCAUCCUCGGAGCUGCCGCCUCCCACCCCCCUCCGCCUCCCCCACCUCCUCCGAUGCUGAGAAACGGUCACUACCUCCACGACCCGCACCUCGCUGACCUCCCUCACCCUCUCCCCCUGGCUCACCCUGACCUGCCAAGCAGACUCUCACAAGGACUCAAUGUGCAUCACUACCCGGCGAGGAAGCUGGGUGGAGCUAUGGGGGGAGGAGACAGGAGAGGAGGAGGAGUAGGAGUAGAGCCUCAGAGGUGGCUGCCAGUCCAUGUGCUGAGAGACUGGCGUCAGCAGCACCAGCACCACCACAGCCACUUCCAGGGCCUGAGCAGCGAUCAGGAGUCGUACGCCGAGUCCACCGACGGAUGGUCAUCAGCCAACUGCAGCACCCUGCCCCCACCCAUGAAUAAGAUCCCUGCCGACCGCUACCGGGCCCCGCUGGCCCCAGGGGACCGCAUGCAUCCACCUGGUGUCAGUCAUCCUCCCUCUCCUCCACCUCCUCCUCCCACUCCCCCUCCUGCACACCUCCACAGCCACCGGCUGGCUGCUCAGAAAGACGAGUGGGCCAAGAAACUGUUCGGCGCCGGAGACCGGGAGCGCAACGGAGCACGGCGAGCCGAAAGAGAGAAAAAACGAGAGGUGAACUCAAAGGAGGGAGAGAAAAAGGGUGGUCGGUUUCGCGGCUUGACGAUGGGGUUCCCUCCUCUGCCGCAGCGCUCCUCAGCCAGACGCUCCUUUGGGCGCUCCAAACGCCUCAGCAUGGCCCGCUCCCUGGACAACUUGGAGUCUGCGGCAGUCUCUGAUGGAGAGCUCAACAGCGUGGAGCUGCAGGGAUGCAGCAGUGACAACAGUCUGAACAGUAAUGCCAGCCUGCCCAGUGUCCAGAGUCACCGGCGCCACACCGAGAGGAGGGUGGCCAGUUGGGCCGUCUGCUUCGAGCGACUGCUGCAGGACCCUGUAGGAGUCCGCUACUUUUCGGAGUUUCUAAAGAAGGAGUUCAGUGAGGAGAACAUUCUGUUCUGGCAGGCCUGUGAAUUCUUCAGCCAUGUUCCUGAGAAUGACAACAAACAGCUCUCGCAACGUGCCAGAGAGAUCUACAACAGCUUCCUUUCCAGUAAAGCAACAACACCAGUCAACAUCGACAGUCAAGCCCAGCUUGCUGACGAUAUCCUCAACGCGCCAAAACCCGACAUGUUCAAGGAGCAGCAGCUGCAGAUCUUUAACCUGAUGAAGUUUGACAGCUACACGCGAUUCCUCAAGUCUCGGCUGUACCAGGAGUGCAUGCUGGCUGAGGUGGAGGGCAGACCGCUUCCUGACCCCUAUCACAUCCCCAGCAGCCCAACGUCAAAGCACAGCACCACCGGCUCCGACCGCUCCAACCUGUCCACUCCUAAGAAGGAGGACAAGAAGACCAAAUCAGGGCGGUCUUUGAACGAAGACAGUCGGGAUGACUCAGGAGACCGGAGGAAGGGCAUGUUUUUUUCGUGGUCCCGAAACAGGAGCUUUGGCAAAGGCCCCAAAAAGCGGGAGCUGGCUGAUUUUAAUUAUAGCACCAACGGUCGUCGGGAGUCCCAGGGUUCGCUAUCCUCAGGAGCGAGUCUGGAACUGGGGACGUCAGGUUCGGGGAAGAAUGAGCAUGAUAUUUCCCGUGGCGCAGUAUCCGAACGGGGAGGAAGCAGCGCCCCUUUGAGGCAAUGUAACAUUAGCUUGCCAGAUGGCUCAUGUUGCCCGGUGCCGCUUCGGCCCGGCAUGUCAAUCAGAGACCUUUUGCAGGGCCUUUGUGACAAACUCUGCAUCAACCUGGCAGCUAUAGACCUUUUCCUUGUCGGAGGAGAGAAGCCUCUUGUUUUGGACCAAGACUGUAUGACCCUCAGCUCCCGAGACCUGAGAUUAGAAAAACGCACUCUGUUCAGGCUUGACUUGGUCCCCAUCAACCGCUCUGUGGGUCUGAAGGCUAAACCAACUAAACCAGUGACUGAGGUCUUGAGGCCUGUUGUGGCCAAAUAUGGCCUGCACCUCUCUGACUUAGUGGCACGUAUAAGUGGCGAGUCGGAACCUUUAGAUCUCGGGCUUCCUAUUUCCAACCUGGAUGGUUUGCGAGUUGUGUUAGACAUUGAAGAAAACGCCAUGGGGAAAGACAAAAUCAAAGCAGCUCAGAGUCACCUUCCAGCUUCUGCGAGCAGGAACCAGUCAGCAACAGGGGACGACAGGCCAACAAGGAAAGGCGGUUCAGCCCACCCCCAUGGGGAAAAUGGCAAGGCUGGGCCCGGCGCCGGCACAAGCACCCAGCCCCUACCCAACCACUCUGUCUCUCUGCAUAAGGCUCCGGGGAAAAGAAAGCAGAAAAAGAUUAAUAUAGACGAAGCUGAAGAGUUCUUCGACCUCAUAUCCAAAGCUCAGAGCAACCGAGCCGACGACCAGCGAGGCCUGCUGAACAAGAGCGACCUUCAGCUGCCGGACUUCCUGCGCCUCACACCAACCAGCCCGACGACGCCUCCUCCCCGCAACCCCGAGCCCAACUGCUCCACCCCGAAUUCCCGUAAUACCAACAAUGGCGGCUUCCCCAGCAGCAGCCAACGGGGCAACAAGGGAAAUGGCAAUCACAGGGGCGGCGUGGUCAGUGGCUCGUACCUGCUCAGUGCGAGCCAUCAGUCACAGAGCUUGGACUCAGCGCUGGGCGCAGAGUGCGGAGGUGGCAGAAAAACCAGACCGCCCCCUCCAUUUCCAGCUACCGUCUCCCCCAUCCAGUCAACCCGACCCGGCGCGCAGGGUCUCCUCCAGGACUCAGCCAGAGGGGAAUCGAUCCAGAUGCUGGAGGAGGACACCCUGUCAGAUCUAACUCUUGUGGGAGAAGGAGAUAUUAACAGCCCCAGCCUCAACUACAUCACUCCCUCCUCCCUGUCGAGUAAACCCCUCCCCCGGCCUCAACACCAAGCACAGGAUGGUCAGCCUUGCUCAGGUACCUCGCCGGUGUGAACUCUUAAGACCGCUGAACCUGCACCGCUCUCUUCACCUGACUGUUAGUGGGACCGGUGACCCACUAGAGUCAGUCUGGAGUUACUUCACUCGCCACUACUCACACGUGGCAGAAAAUGCAUCUGAAUCUCCUCCUUCCCUGCCACUAAAAUAAUUUUCAGUUUUUUAGAUGCUAAUUAGAAGUUUUAUUCCGGGACUGUCUAAAAACACACACAACUAAUGUAAAAGAUCAGAGUGAAGAACUUAAUUGCAAACAGUAGAGAUUAGAUUUUAUUUAGACAGCAGUGAAUCUGAUAAUGUGAGGUGUUCAUAGGCCUGUCACAAUAACAAAUUUUGUUUGGACGAUAGAUUGUCCAAGAAAUUGUUGUGAUAAACGAUAAUGUUGUUGUCUAGAUGCAACUAAUUUAAUGAUAAGGGCAUAAUAAUUCAAGUUUGCCUUCUUAAAGAGUAAUAAACAUAUAUAUUUUUUUAUGGAACACUUCACACUGGAACUGGAAGAUAUUUUUAAUACUCAAAAUAAAAC